AUUCAUAACAGGGGGAUUUAAACAGAGUGGGUUUAAUCAUAUAUUUCCCUUUAUACGGGUCCAUGUUCUUUUCUUAUUUUAAGUAUUCUGGUUUAUACAAACUCCAAAACUUCUAUGAUUAACACGAAUCAUUUAUCAAUUAUCACACCAGGAAGCAGUUUCAGCUGUAAUUCUAUGACAACACAGCCCAAUGUUAUGUGACAGUCUCAAGUAAAUAUUUUCACAGAAAUGUCUGAAACCACUAAGUUACAGCUAAAGUAUCUCAAACAAGAGAAGGAAUCUGGUCUGUCUCCACUCCAAGACUGUCAUGGCAAGUUCUUCACACUCUCCUGUCACUUAUCUAUUCUUCUUUUUUGUUGUUUGUUUUUGUUUUUUUUUGUUUUGUUUCACAGUUAAUUUACAGUCACAGAGCUUUUGCAUUUACCAGGGUCUUGCCUACUGACAGUGUUGUUUUUUCUCUGGAAGUUCACAGUAAAUCAGCUUCUGUCAGCUUAGAACCUCCAGCAUUGCCAUUCUGUUACUGGCACUUACUUCUUCUGUUUAUUUGUUUUUUUCUUUCUGGGUCAUUGCUUGGUAAAAAUGGCCAAAUUGAAACCCACUACUAGUUAGGUUUUACUUACUGACUUGUGCUAACUUUGUAUGUGUUGGUUCAUUUUUGUUUAUUUGUUUUUACAUGCACUCCUACUCAGCAGGAUGAAGGAGUUCCCAUGCUCUGAAAAUGUCAUUUUGUAAAAAGAAACACAUACCUUUUCUUGUGUCUUCUUGCACAGAUCUUAUUUCCAGUUUGAAAAAUGUCACACUUUUAUGUACCUCAUGUUUUCAUGUGUUAAGUAUGAUAUUGCUUGGAAGUCAAAAGUUUGUUUUAAAAUGUGUCUGUAGAAAAGGUGCAUCUGUAACCUGGGGUGUUUCUAAGCAGUUCAUUGUACAUACAAAAUGAUUUUAAAAGAAAUAUGGGUGGCUUCUGAACAGGGUAUGCUGAGGCACUUGGACAGGAAACACAGCACUUCCCAUUUGACAAUCUAUGGGAUGGAACAGCCACAAGAAUUUAACUUUUUUUACACAAUAGUUCUCAUCUAAUGGUGUAGAGGUGCUUGAGGGCAGCAGUCAGUUCUGUGAUCCUGUCAUUCACCACAUCCUUGGUUUUGCAUUUGCUGUUUCAAGUUGUGAUUUCAUGUAUUUGAUUUUCUUACACAGUGCUAAGGGAGUGAUUUCAAAGCCACUCAGGCCAUGGCCUUUGAAAGGAUAAAGCAGAAGGACUGGUACAAGGUCCUGGGGGCCAAACCAUCCGACAGCCCAGCAGAACUGAAACGGAAAUACCAAAAACUUGCUCUGUUGUAUCACCCCGACAAGCAGGAGGCAGAUGUGGCAGCAGGAGAAGCGGAGGAGCGCGUGCAGCGGUUCAUCGAGAUCGAUCAGGCGUGGAAAAUUCUGGGCAACGAGGAGACAAAAAAAGAGUAUGACCUGCAGCAGCGUGAAGAUAACCUGACAAAAGAAUGGCCACUUCAUGAACAGAUUUAUCUUGAGGACAUGUGCUGGAAUGAAGAUGAGCAGCUCUACACUCUGUCCUGUCGAUGUGGUGGGAGUUACAGUGUCUUCAGGAGUGAAACCAAAGAUGUGUCUUUGGUUUGUUGUGACACAUGCUCACUUGUUAUUGAGAUCCUGCAGUGACUGUUUCAGUGCAGCACCCUGAGUGUCACAAACUUUUCCAAAGAUGGACAAACAAAUGACAGCAUCUGCUGAAGAAAUGUGUGUUAAAGAAAAGGGAGGCACUACAAGAGCAAGUUAAUUCAGGCUUAAAAAUGACAAGGGCCCCUUUGCUCACACAGCUGUGCAGAAAUGAGGAUUGGAUUUUCCUUCUGCAGCUGAAGAGCUCCUUAUUAAACACCUCCAACCCA